CUUCACCACAAUCUGAGCGACCAUCACUGAGAUUAAACACGUCUGGAUUAUACAUCAAUAAUAUUUUACAUAAGACAGCUGAACGGCUUCACUGCAGCAGAAAUAUAAUGGCGUCGAGUGAACUGUGUCGAAUUCUCAACAACGCGAACGCCAACCUGUACCCAUCCGAGCCACAGCCCAACCUGUUGAGCAUGACGCUGCCCGCGGUCAGACCACCACAACUCUCUGAAAUCAUCUUCAACAAUAACAGCAACACAAUGGGUCCCUGGCACCAGGUGAACCCACAGUCGUGGAGCAGGCAGAACGUCCUGGAGUGGAUCGGAUAUCACGUGGAGGAGAGCAGGUUUGACGCCAGUUUGUUGAAUAUGUCCUGCUGUGAGAUGGAUGGAGCCACACUGUGUACCAUCUCCAGAGAAUCCAUGAUGAAUCUGUUCGGGGCCGUGUUUGGAGAUAAACUUUACCACAGUCUGGAGAACCUAAAAGCUAGAUAUGAUUUGCCUGACAACUCAGUCCUCAGUGAAUCUGAAUUCGAUCUACUAGAUACCCUCCUGCUUCCCUUCAUGAGCGAGCCCGGUCUCGGAUCGCUGCUGGAGACGGUGGUGGUUCAACCCACAGACAGAUCCGAUGCGGACUACGGUUACUUCAGUGAGUACAGAAACCGCCUGACUCCAGAGAGCGACCACGGUUACGACUCCCUAUCUGAAAGUCUACAGAGCUCUCACAAUGGCAGUUUGAUGAACCCAAGCUCACCCGAGUGCAGCGGAAGUGAUUCUGAUCCUGAAUACUCCGAGAAGCCCUCUUUCAUCAGCACUAAGAUCUCUGUGAAACAAGAACCAACAGAGGUCAAGAAGAGAGGCAGAGGACGACCCCCAAAACAAAGCCGAGGAUUCGAUCUUUUCAUUGAGUCCAAAAAAAGCAAACACGCUCCGAGAGGAACUCACCUGUGGGAGUUUAUCCGAGACAUCCUCAUCCACCCGGAGCAGAACCAGGGUCUGAUGAAAUGGGAAGACCGUAGGGACGGCGUCUUUAAGUUCCUGAAGUCUGAAGCCGUGGCUCAGCUCUGGGGUCAGAAGAAGAAGAACAGCAGUAUGACGUAUGAGAAGCUCAGCAGGGCCAUGAGAUAUUACUAUAAGAGAGAUAUUCUGGAGAGAGUGGACGGCCGAAGGCUCGUCUACAAGUUUGGUAAAAACUCCACCGGUUGGAGGAUAGAGGAGACUGGAUACUGAAGUGGACCUGAAGAUAAAGGGUCACAUUGAAACGUAGAGACUUUGGACUCCUGAUAAUAAGGAACUUCAGGUUCCUCUCUUUAAAAAAAACAAACUCUUUCCAGAAGGAAAGGUUGCAGAGAAACUGUAAGCCAGUGUUUUGGCUAAUGUAGGUUUUAUGAACCAUUUAAAGUGCGUUGUUGCUCCAGUAGAUGAGCUCUAGUUAUGAUGACACGCGGGCGUGGCUUUGAUCAGAUUAUAUUCACCCAAGCUAUGACUCUUUAUGUAAACACAGUAAAGUCUUAUGUAUAAAUGUAAAGUUAUUGAAAUAGCUGAACAAAAGUGGAAUAACGGAGGGAUGUUAUGGUGAUAUGAAGUAUCUUCUGAUGUAUUUAUUCCACUGUUUAUAAAUGUAAGAGCUUUAUAUCGUCUUUAUAUACAAUCAAGUCCAAAUCAGAAGCUCAAUUUGUUUGUGAUUUAAGUCACUGAAUAACGUGUAUGAGGUUUUCUCUCAGAUACUUUAUUGUUGUUGUUUUUUGUAAAAUGCUUUUCUAUAAUAAAAGUUAUGCUUAAAAGAA